AUGGGGAGCACGAAUCGCACGCCGUCACCCAGCGCGACGCGGCGGGCUCGCGCAGACUUUGCGUUGAACGCGGCCGCCGGCGGCCGAAGCGGGAAUGGGGAUGAUUGCGUCGGCGCUUAUGGCGCUUAUGGCACCGCAACGAAUGUCGGCAUGAGCUCCAGCCCCGCGGCCACCCUCGACUUCCCCGCCUCCCCUUCCGCCUCCCCUUCCGCCUUCCCUUCCGCCUUCCCGUCCGCUUUCCCUUCCGCCUCCGCGUGGCCGCACGCGUUCCAGAUUCCCCCCGUUGACGCGAUUCUGUGGCCGUCCGAUGCCGCGCGAUUCGACAAGAACGGCGGAGAAUCGUUUUCCGCGUUUCACUGCGGAUUUUCCGCGGAGGGAGGAGCUGCUGACGUGUCGCUUGGGGAUUGGUUGAAAAAGGCAGCGGCAUCAGCGACGGUUGAAACGGCUCCAAUGGUGGUGGGGCGGAAGCAGCGACAGUCGCUGCUGAAGCAAUGGUUCCAUGAUGCUCCUGAUGGGAUGCUUCCUCCCGCCUUCCCUGGAUUCAACCAAACCAGCGGAGUCAACCAAGUCAACGCCGAAUUCAACGCAGUCCAUGCUGUCAACACGACCAACAUGGGCAACACACAACAUGCAGUCAACACAGUCAACGCAGCCAGUGUGACAACUCGCAGUGACUGCUCUGAAUCCGAACCUGCUGGCUCCAGCCUCAGACUCCGAGCCUCAGAGUCAGCUCGGAAAUUGGAAUUUGAGCCUGCAGCCUCGGUAGAGCCUCCGAAAGCAAACGCCAACGCACACACAAUCCCAGCACGAGAUGAGAGGGAGGUGCAAAUGGGGAAGGUGCAAGUGGGGGAGGUGUUGGGGCGGCCAGUGGAGGACAUUCGGCGGAGGUGGCUUCUGCUGAAGAAGGAGAUAGGCAGGGGGCAGUACGGAGUGAUUCGGCGAUGCGUGCACCGCAGCACGGGGGAGCACGCUGCCUGCAAGAGCAUCCGGAAAUCCGCGUUCCAGAGCACUGCUGACGUGGAGGCAGCAGUCACUGUGCCAGUUGUAGGGAUGAAGUGA